GCUUCAGCCCAUCUUUCUUCAUUAAUUUGUAUACAGUUCUUAUUUUAACAGAGCAAACUUUCUGAGGGUACUCACAUGGGACUGCUGAACCAGCUGUACAACUUUUAUUUUGAAGAAAAAAAGUUGAGCCUCUGGACGGGCUGUUUUAAAGACAGGGAGGGACUUAGCUUUUCCGAGCUUGACCAGCAUGUGGAAGGAGUGCUCUCAUGGCUGCGAUAACUUAGGGAGCUCCUACCUGGGUGCCACAGGGGUAGGAAGGUUUCUGUUUGUUUUGUUCCGUUUCCGAGGGUCCUGUGCACUUCUCUUGCCCAUGUCAACGUGACUCUUGGUGUUUUUGCACACCCUGCUCUGUGGGGGAGUGCCCCAUCGUGCCUGUCUUAUGUGGCCUCUAUGGACACAUUGCUCAGCUGGCAGAGAGCAGGGAAGUUUUCUCCCAGCACCCAAAAAGAGAAAGAGGAAACUACUUUUGCCUUCUGGGCUCCUUGCAGGACAAUAGAUCAGGAUAAGCUUCCACAUUCUCUCCCUGGAUUUCUGGAGUGGUUUCCAGGAACAAGCUAAACUUUCACCUUUAAAUGGAUGACCAUGUCACAAUCAGGAGGAAACAUCUCCAAAGACCCAUCUUUAGACUAAGAUGCUUAGUGAAGCAGCUGGAAAAAGGUGAUGUUAACGUCAUCGACUUAAAGAAGAAUAUUGAAUAUGCAGCAUCUGUGUUGGAAGCAGUUUAUAUUGAUGAAACAAGGAGACUGCUGGAUACCGAUGAUGAGCUCAGUGACAUUCAGUCGGAUUCCGUCCCAUCAGAAGUCCGGGACUGGUUGGCUUCUACCUUUACACGGAAAAUGGGGAUGAUGAAAAAGAAAUCUGAGGAAAAACCAAGAUUUCGGAGCAUUGUGCAUGUUGUUCAAGCUGGAAUUUUUGUGGAAAGAAUGUACAGAAAGUCCUAUCACAUGGUUGGCUUGGCAUAUCCAGAAGCUGUCAUAGUAACAUUAAAGGAUGUUGAUAAAUGGUCUUUUGAUGUAUUUGCCUUGAAUGAAGCAAGUGGAGAACAUAGUCUGAAGUUUAUGAUUUAUGAACUAUUCACCAGAUAUGAUCUUAUCAACCGUUUCAAGAUUCCUGUUUCUUGCCUAAUUGCCUUUGCAGAAGCUCUAGAAGUUGGUUACAGCAAGUACAAAAAUCCAUACCACAAUUUGAUUCAUGCAGCUGAUGUCACUCAAACUGUGCAUUACAUAAUGCUUCAUACAGGUAUCAUGCACUGGCUGACUGAACUGGAAAUUUUAGCAAUGGUCUUUGCCGCUGCCAUUCAUGACUAUGAGCAUACAGGGACUACAAACAAUUUUCACAUUCAGACAAGGUCAGAUGUUGCCAUUUUGUAUAAUGAUCGCUCUGUCCUUGAAAAUCAUCAUGUGAGUGCAGCUUAUCGCCUUAUGCAAGAAGAAGAAAUGAAUGUCCUGAUAAAUUUAUCCAAAGAUGACUGGAGGGAUCUUCGGAACCUAGUGAUUGAAAUGGUGUUGUCUACAGACAUGUCGGGUCACUUCCAGCAAAUUAAAAAUAUAAGAAAUAGUUUGCAGCAACCUGAAGGGCUUGACAAAGCCAAAACCAUGUCCCUGAUUCUCCAUGCAGCAGACAUCAGUCACCCAGCCAAAUCCUGGAAGCUGCACCACCGAUGGACCAUGGCCCUAAUGGAGGAGUUUUUCCUACAGGGAGAUAAAGAAGCUGAAUUAGGGCUUCCAUUUUCCCCGCUUUGCGAUCGGAAGUCAACGAUGGUGGCCCAGUCCCAAAUAGGUUUCAUUGAUUUCAUAGUAGAACCAACAUUUUCUCUUCUGACAGACUCAACAGAGAAAAUUAUUAUUCCUCUUAUAGAGGAAGACUCGAAAACCAAAACUCCUUCCUAUGGAGCAAGCAGACGAUCAAAUAUGAAAGGCACCACCAAUGAUGGAACCUACUCCCCCGACUACUCCCUUGCCAGUGUGGACCUGAAGAGCUUCAAAAACAGCCUGGUGGACAUCAUCCAGCAGAACAAAGAGAGGUGGAAAGAGUUAGCUGCUCAAGGUGAACCUGAUCCCCAUAAGAAUUCAGAUCUAGUAAAUGCCGAAGAAAAACAUGCUGAAACACAUUCAUAGGUCUGAAAUACCUUAAAGACAUCUUUCAUUCUAAAGAUGGGAGAGUGCUGUAACUACGAAACUUUCAAGCUUCUAAGUAAAAGGAAAGCAAAAACAAAAUUACAGAAAAAUAUUUUUGCAGCUCUGAGGCUAUUUAGAUUGUCCUUGUUGUUUUAAAUACAUGGGAACCAAGUGAGAAGAGGGGCUGCUCAGAAGUUGUAGUUGAAGUCCUAAGACAACAAUGAAGCAUCAGAGCCCUGACUCUGUGACCUGAUGAACUCUUCGUUGUAACUCUCAAGCUGGGAAACCACAGCGAAUCCUGUUCCCGAAAGCAGUGAACCAGCCUGCAUCCACCACUGUUAUUGCAAAGCACGAAAGCAUCACCCACGUGGGGGUCAUCACAAUGCAAGUCACACAAGACCUAUGGCCAAGAUGACAAGAACCUCCAGCCCUUGUUGGAGACACACACUAGAACUGAGAGUGGGAUUUGCCUUCUGGGGUGUUAAUCCCAUCAGGAUUUAACAAAAUAUAUUACAGGUCAAGGGAUAAGGGACAAGGUGUGUGUGUGUGUGUGUGUGCUCAAAAAUGUCUGUGAAAAUGGAAGCCCACACUCUUCUGCACAGAGAGCAUUAUUUGAUGUGAUUUAUAAUUCUACUACAAACAAACAAACUGCAGCCAUUGGAGACUGCUUCCUUGUCAUGUUUUGCCUGAGCAUGUGCAGAGCCUUGCCUUUGUUCCAAAUUGAAGAACUACCUUUAUUUGUUAUUAGCUGCCAAGAAAGGUCAAGUCCAAGUAGGUGUUGUAAUUUUCACUGUACAAACUCUUCAAUGAUUGUGAGACUAAAUGAAUUUGUUUUUGUGAAAGGUAGAAAUUAGAUGGAAAAGAUCAAGAGUAGUCAUCAAUUAAAGAAGAAAGUGAAGGUGGAUAUGUCCAUCCUAAUGAGUUUUCUGUUGCACUUGCUUCUUCCCUGGGUUCCACAAUGCUAAGCAAUAUUUUAGAAAUGGAUGCAAUCAGAAGCUUUUAAGUCUAAGUAGUGGGAUUUUAUAACUCACAACUUAGAUAUCUUUUCAUGUGUAAGCCAUAUUCUAUAUGCAUAUUAGGUAUGCAUUAUUCUAAUUUAAGAUAUAUUUGUGCAUAGACUGUGUAUAAGAUGCUUUUAAAUGUUGUGUGAAUAAGGUCCUUAGCUUUUGUUUCACCUGAAGCAUAUGUAGAACACAGAUAAAUAAUUGAAUUGUAUCGUAGAUAUUAUAAUGCAAUUGAUAUUUUAAAUGCAAGCAGUAAAGAUUGAUCUAUAAUGAUGUGUUGCAGGGAAAAUUUAUAGAUAUGUACAACAUGGUGACUUUUUGUCCUUUAACAAUGGAUUUCUUAUUUCUAUUUAUGGAGAAACUGCAAUUACUGCUUUUAAUGUCUUUUUUAAGGUAGCUAUUUACAAACUAGAAAAUAUUCUGCAUUUAAAAUAGAACCUGACUGUCUGGGAAGUCUAAUUACUAUUGUUCCUAUUUGAGCCAGUUGUCUUUCAUUAAAGGUAUAGAAUCUCUCAACAGAGAAAUAAAUUGAAACACUGCUUCUGAA